AUGAAAUAUCUCGCCUUGCUCAGCGGCGGCAAGGACAGCUGCUACAACCUCCUCCACUGUGCAAAAAAUGGGCACGAACUUAUAGCUGCAGCGUCCCUAGCGCCAGAAUCCGGAAAAGUUGCAGAGGAACUUGACUCGUAUCUCUACCAAACCGUUGGGCAAGAUGCGAUUGAAUUUGUUGCACGCGCUUUGGAAGUGCCUCUAUAUCGUCGAGUAAUAACUGGUGGAGCUUUGGAACAGGGAUCGGAGUACGGUAGUCGGGACCCAACUCAUUUGGGUGGGGUUGAGGGUGAUGAGACCGAAGACUUGUAUGCCCUUUUGGCAGAGGUGAAAGCUCAUCACCCCAAGAUAGAGGGAGUUUCCGUUGGCGCAAUUCUCUCAGAUUACCAGCGUGUCAGGGUGGAGAACGUCUGCCAAAGGUUAAGUUUGACUCCGCUAUGUUAUCUGUGGCAAAGGGAUCAGGGAGAGCUGCUCACUGAAAUGAUUGAUGCUGGAAUGGAAGCCAUAAUAAUCAAAGUCGCGGGCAUAGGUCUCACAAUCGAACAUCUUGGGAAGUCUCUUGCGCAGAUGCGGCCAACUCUUGUGGAACUUAAUUCUCUAUACGGCUCACACAUUUGCGGGGAAGGAGGUGAAUAUGAAAGCCUAACACUCGAUUGUCCCCUUUUCAAGCACAGGAUUGUUCUCACCGAGGUUGAGACUGUUAUCCACGCCGACAACGACUUUGCAACCGUGGCUUUUCUUCGCAUAAAGAAUGCGAAACUGGAAUUCAAAGUUGUGGAUUCAGAUUUUUACAUUUACAUGCCGCAAAGAAUUGAGGAUGACUUUCUUCAAAUAAGCGAUGCGGUACAGGUGUCAGAAAGGCUAGAGGCGAAAAAGGUUCCUAUGACGCCUUUCUCAUUCGAUUUCAGUGUGGAUCCAAUGUACCCUGUUACCAGCAAGAAGCUAGACCCCUGGGUUUUUGUUAGCAAUGUUCAAGCAGAGACGGAUAAAGGCAUCUCUGUCGAGGAAGAGGUGGUGCAAUGUUUUAGCAUCCUUAAAGGUAAGCCUUCGUCUAACAUAAGUUGA